CCUGAGUAUAUAAUCCCCCCGGGACACGAUACUUUCAGUCAAACAUAAUUCUCGAGCAGCAUCGAGAAGUUAUCAGAAUUACUUCUUAUUCUCUCUGUCCUAGUUCUUUUGAAUUCAACGAGUUAUCCUGAUUAUUAAAAUCAUGUGUCCUAAAAUUCAUACAACAAUUUUCAUCGUCUUGGCGAUGAUCUUCAUGAUCCUCGCGUGGAGCGCGGAAGCUCAGUUAAACUUUUCCACCGGAUGGGGUAAACGGAGUCAACUGUUACCAACUGGAGGUAGCAGCUCCUCGUGUUCUAGCCAGGGUAGACCAUCCUUGGAGCAGCUACUGGGACUGUACAAUCUUAUACAGAUGGAAGCACAGAGAAUCCUGGACUGCCAAAAGUUGACCAAGUGAACCAAAAAAUGGAUGAAGAAUGUGGAGUAACGAUGAGGAUUUAUAAGCUUGGACUUCAUGAGCAUCAGACUAUCAAGAGAAUGAUAAUUGUAAAGAUAAUGUAACGUUUGAAUGAAGUUUCAAUGUAGCUGUAAAUUAUAUGAAAAUUCAAAUAUAUGUAUAUUAAUUGAGUCCCAAUUCAUGUCACUUAUGUGUCUGUAAUCUUAUAUGUAGUAAUGUUCAUGUAUUUAAUAAAGUUAGCAAAAGAAUGAUA